CAGGCUUAACUUCAUUAACUAUUUCUAUCAACUGGAUUUUUUUUAGCUUUCAUAAAUUUAAGGAAGUUCUUGACAUGAGCAUGAAGGUUCUUACUUCUUUAUUCCUUUGGACAUGUGACAAGCCAAAGGGAGCCUAGCAGAAAGUUUGUUGAUGCAGAAUAUUAACUGAAGCCUUAACUUGUGAGUGCUGUGUUCAGUGAUUCUAAACUCCCUUAAGGAUUGCCUUAUAAGGAGAGCCUUGGAGUCAUCUCUCAGCACCAAUGUGUCUCUCAGCUUCCUAGGAACAAGUCAGUUUGUCUGAAAUGAAGCUCCCAAAUGGAGUGUAGAUCUACAAAGAAAGGAGAAAGCUGAAAAGAUGUAUCAGCAUCAAUCUUAUCAAAGCCGAACUGGCCUCCUUUCUUUUAGGACACCAUGUCCUUCAGAGAGACAAUUGUUUUUGCAAAGAGGAAGUGCCUCAGGUGAGCCUGGACUAGUUCUUUCAGCCGAUGCCAAGCCUAGAUUAAAAUGGACCCCUGAGCUCCAUGAAAGGUUUAUCGAUGCAGUGAACCAACUAGGUGGAGAAGAUGAGGCUACCCCGAAGACGAUCAUUAGGCUGAUGGGCAUUCCAGGACUCACUCUGUAUCAUCUCAAAAGUCAUCUUCAGAAAUACAGGCUCAGUAAAAAUCUGCAGGCUCAAACAAGCACUGGAAGCAUGAAGAAUUUUUUUGGUGAGGACAAUGGAUCAGCAACAAAUAUCAUGGCACCGGUGAACAAAACCAUGCAGAUAAAUGAAGCCUUCAGAAUGCAAAUUGAAGUUCAGCAAAAGCUACAUGAACAACUCGGGGUACAAAGACAUUUGCAAUUCCAGAUAGAGGCACAGGGAAAGUAUUUGCAGUCAGUGCUGGAGAAGGCUGAAGAGACACUUAGGCAGCAGAACUUGGGUUCUUCAGGGCUACAACUCUCAAGUGAAUACACUGAAGGAAAUGACAUCCAACACAUGCUACAACUAAAUCCAACCCAACUUGUUGAUUGCCCAGUGGAUAGUUGGCUGACCACAUCUGAGGGAUCCAUGGGGUUGAGAGCUGCUGCUGAUCAUCAAGAAGGGUUUUCCCUGAGCAUCAAACAGUUUGGAGGACGAUCUAAGUUCGAACAUACUCAACACGCGUGGUGUAGUGAUCCGAUUGAGCUGAAGAAAGCUUUAUCCAUGUCGAAAGAUUCAGCAUCAAAGAACAAGUUUCUUGAACAUCCAGUAACAAGAGAGAAGAAGUUGUACAGGACAGAAGAAAGCAGCGAGAUGGAUUUAUUCUGCCUUACCACAAAUUUAGAACUAAAAAUCUAUGAAGACAGUGGAGGUGCAUCAGGCUGUAAGCAAUUUGACCUGAAUGGCUUCAGUGGAGUUAAUACACGGAAAGGAGGCCCAUUCUGAGGCAAAAAGUACGUAUGGCUGUAUCUAGGUACCACAGAGAAUGCUUGAGAACAACUACUUGUCAUUUGAAUCUCUAGUAUAGUAAAUAAGAGUUUCAAAGCACUUUUCGUUUGUAGUAA